AUGUUAUAUGAAAAUAUUGGGCAGGUGUCUGUUGGUGAUGAUUUUUUGUCAAGUUCUAGGUUAAUGGAGACAAGUAUUACAGUAAAGGAGAUGACUGAUCAUGGAUCUUUAUUGUUGAAACCAAAUCUCGAGGAGUCGAUUGUUGAUGAAUUUAUCACUCCUACAAAACGAAAUGAAGUUAUUGAUAUUGUGGAAUGUCUUAAUGAUCAACUAUUAACAUACAACUGCAACAGCGAUAUUAAGGGGAAAAUAUCACAGGUGGAAAAUUUAAUUACAGAUGAAAAAACUCCUAAGAAAAAGGUAAUGUGUGGUUCCAAUGCAGAACAGUUAUCUGUUGUUGAUGAAACUUUAUACAAUUCACUUUAUACAAAGAAAUGA